AGGAGUGGGCUCACUUUACUUCACACACUGGAGGAGAGGAGACACUGACACCCCCUCCCGGGUCACCAUCACACGAGGAGGAGGAGGAGGGGGGUACCAUCACCCUGGCAGGACAACACGGGGGGUCACCAUCACCCUGAGGAGAAGAGAGGGGUCACCAUCACCCUGACAAGAAACAAGGGGGCAGAGCUUCCACCACCCCUCCAACCUGGGCACAGACACCCGGGGUCACCAUCACCCUGAGGAGAACAGAAGAGGUGGUCACCGUCCUGAGGAGAAGAGAGGAGGUGGGCACCAUCCUGAGGAGAAGGGUUACUAUCACCCGGGGUCACCAUCCUGAGGAAAAGAGCUCCUUCCACCACCCCUCCAACCUGGGCACAGACACCCGGGGUCACCAUCAUCCUGAGGAGAAGAGAAGAGGUGGUCACCAUCCUGAGGAGAACAGAAGAGGUGGUCACCGUCCUGAGGAGAAGGGUCACUAUCACCCGGGGUCACCAUCCUGAGGAGAAGAGAAGAGGUGGUCACCAUCCUGAGGAGAAGAGGUGGUCACCAUCCUGAGGAGAAGGGUCACUAUCACCCUGGGGUCACCAUCCUGAGGAAAAGAGCUCCUUCCAUCACCUCUCCAACCUGGGCACAGACGCCCGGGGUCACCAUCACCCCGAGGAGAAGAGAAGAGGUGGUCACCCUCCUCUCCAACCUGGGCACAGACACCUGGAGGGGGUCACCAUUCUGACGAGAGGAACUCCUUCCAUCACCCUUGUGUCUCCUGCUCCCCCCCCAUCUAUAGACAUCUGAGGAAGGGACAUCCUCCAACUUGGGGUCACCUGUUUCCCCCAUCUUUAUUUUUUUUGUCUGUCCCGAGGAGAGGAAGGGGUCACCAUCACUUUGGGUUCACCUGCCCCUUCAUCUAUAGACAUCUGAGGAGAAGACGAGGGUCACCAUCACUCUGGGUUCAUCUAUAGACCUCUGAGGAGAAGACGAGGGUCACCAUCACUCUGGGUUCACCUGCCCCUUCAUCUAUAGACCUCCUGAGGAGAAGACGAGGGUCACCAUCACUCUGGGGUCAUCUACCUCUUCAUUUAUAGAAAUCGGAGACGAGGAAAGGGGGUCACCAUUGUUCUGGGGUCUCCUAUAGACAUCUAAGAAGACGGGGGUCUUUAUCUUGUCCACCAUUUAUAUUCAUUUGAGGACACGAGGGGGACCUCGUCACCCUGGGGGGCACCUGGUACUUCUUCUACAGAACUAUCAGAAGAGGAGGGGGGUCACCUGUCUGCUAUCUAUAGAUAUCUCAGGAUAUAAGGGAGGUCAACAUUGUCCUGGGGUCCACCUGUCCAUUGUAUAUAGUCUUCUGAGGAGGGGGGGUCACUAUCAUCCUGGGGUCACCCAUCCCUUCAUCUAUAGACAUCUGAAAAGAGGGUCACCUGUCUAUCUUCUAUAGAUAUCUGAGAAGAGGAUGGGGUCCUCAUCACCCUAAGGUCACCAUCUGAGGACAGGAGAGGGGUCUUUUGUCACCUGUCUACCAUCUAUAGACAAGAGGAGGGUCUUCUUCAUCCACCUGCUCCCCAUCAGUAGCCCUGUGAGGAGAGACGAGGGUUUCCAUCAUCACCUGUUCACCAUCUAUAGCCUUCUAAGGAGAGGAGGUGGGUGGGGGUCACCAUCAUCACCUUUCCACCAUCACUGACCCCUUCCUUCCAGCUCAGCCUGUCCUGCUGACCAGCCAGAAGAGAGGAGGGGGGUCUCUGUUUUUUUUCUGGGGUCACCUGCCCACCAUCUCUAGACAUCUGAAAGAGAGGAGGGGUUCUCCAGCCAGCCGAGGAGGAUCUGCCGUCUUCUUGGGUUUACCUGAAGCUGCUGCUAGUCCAGACUUUCCUUGCCGAGAAGAGGAAGGAAGUCUUCGUCAUCCUGGGCUCACCUGUCCAGGCUUUUCUUGCUGCUCAUCCCUAACCUUCAGUCCUCCCUCUUGCUUCCCUUCUGACACCCCCACCCCCCGAGGAGAAGAGCGGGGGGUCCUCACCAUCCUGGGCUUCCCCACUCAGCAGACGGAAGGGGUCUCCGACGAACUCAAGAGGGACUCGAUUUUUUUACCCAACCAGUGACAACCCGCCCCCUCCCCUCUUACCCUUUCACUAGCUCAGGCUUCUUUUAUCUACUACUCUCAAGUGCAGGAGGUGGUGUUUAUAUCCCGGGGUCACCUCCUCCGGUCAAGUCAGUGACACUCACUGUUGUCACCCCCCCACCCCCACCACCAACUCAAGAUUGCCUACUGGACGCCCUGAGAAGGAGGAGGAGGAGGACGGGGGCAUCUGCCAGCAUUCUGGGGACACCUAUCACUUCCCCCUUCAAAAUCCAACCGGUCAAUAUCUACCUCCCCCUUUUAUCUAUACUACACAAUACCCCCCCCUUCCUGUUUCCUGGUCGCAGGGUUUUUCCUGCUUACCAAGCUGCUAAGGUCAAGGGGGGGUUCUCCAGCUAGCUACCAGCUUCCUCAGGUCACCGAACGUCCCACCUGCCUUCUGCUCCCUUUUUUUUUUUUUAUUAUUUACUCCGUCAACUGUGGGCUUUUUUUUUCUUCUUUGUUUUUUUUUUUUUUUCGAGGGAGGGGUGCCCUGGCAUGGUGUCUUGGCUUCUCGAUAGAAUCUUCGGCCCCCUGACAUCUGAUUGAUUUUUUUGGCUCUCUGGAAGACCACCACCGUUUAUCCUCAUCAUGUCGAUGAACAACCUCGUGGAGGGACCUUUGAGCAGCCGACGUCAGACAGCCGGAAAGUAUGAUGAUCAUGGAAACAGCAAUGGCAGUCAUGUGAAGAUCUUUCUACCCAAGAAGCUGCUCGAAUGCCUACCAAAAUGUUCAAGCUUACCAAAAGAGAGGCAUCGUUGGAACACUAACGAGGAAAUUGCAGCUUACUUGAUAACAUUCGAAAAACACGAAGAAUGGCUGACGACCUCCCCCAAAACAAGGCCACAGAAUGGUUCCAUGAUCUUGUACAAUCGUAAGAAGGUGAAAUAUCGGAAAGAUGGAUACUGCUGGAAAAAGCGAAAAGACGGGAAAACAACGCGGGAAGAUCACAUGAAGCUCAAAGUGCAGGGAGUGGAGUGUCUCUACGGCUGCUAUGUCCAUUCGUCCAUUAUUCCAACGUUCCACAGGAGGUGUUACUGGCUGCUACAGAAUCCUGACAUCGUAUUGGUGCAUUACUUGAACGUCCCGGCCAUAGAGGACUGCGGAAAGCCAUGUGGACCCAUUCUCUGUUCCAUCAACACAGACAAGAAAGAGUGGGCGAAGUGGACCAAGGAGGAGCUGAUAGGCCAGCUGAAACCCAUGUUUCAUGGUAUUAAGUGGACCUGCAGCAAUGGGAACAGCAGUACAGGUUUUUCUGUGGAGCUCCUUGUCCAACAGAUACUCGACAGUCACCAGAGCAAACCCCAACCUCGGACGCACAACUGUCUCUGCACUGGCAACCUAGGUGCAGGUAGCAGUGUGCACCACAAGUGUAACAGUGCCAAACAUCGCAUCAUCUCACCAAAGGUUGAGCCAAGGACGGGGGGCUACAGCGCUCACUCAGAAGUACAGAACAAUGAUGUUUCAGAGGGCAAGAACGAGCACAGUCAUGGUAAAUCCUCCAGUCGGGAGAAGAGGAAUGGCAAGAUGGCCAAGCCGGUCCUACUUCAUCAAAACAGUACAGAGGUUUCAUCAACCAAUCAGGUGGAGGUUCCCGACACGACCCAGAAUUCCCCUGUAUCCAUCAGCAGUGGUCUGAAUAGUGACCCAGACAUGGCCGACAGUCCCGCUGUCACUGGUGUCUCUAGCAUGGCCGUUGCCUCAGUAAUGGGGAGCCUCUCCCAGAAUGCCACUGUGUUUAUGUCUGAGGUCACCAACGAAGCAGUAUACACAAUGUCACCCAACACCGGUGCCAGUCAACACCUCUUGUCCUCAGAUACCACUACCCAGGGACUCGUACUUGCAGUAAGUUCAGAUGGUCACAAGUUUGCCUUCCCUACAACAGGGAGUUCUGAUAGCUUAUCAAUGUUGUCUGCCAACGUCUCGGAAGAGCUUGUGUUGUCUACCACCCUCGACAAUAGCCGAAAGAUCGCUGAAGCCACAAUGAAUUUUGAUCCAGACUGUUUUCUCAACAACCCAAAACAAGGGCAGACGUAUGGUGGAAGCGGUCUUAAAGAAGACAACAUUAGCUCGAAUAUGCGAAGGUCAUCCAGCACAGACCGUAGUUUCGCUUUCAAUGCAACUUUAGUUAAGGAGAUAAAAACAGAAGACACCUCAUUCGAGCAGCAGCUAUCAAAGGAGACCUAUCCAUCAACGUCAUCAAAUACGCUAACCCUCACUCCUGGCUCCAGCUUACUUGCAUCUGGCGGUGGACUGAGUCCUAGCACCACCCUGGAGCAGAUGGAUUUCAGUGCAAUUGAUUCCAACAAGGAUUAUUCAACAAGUUUCAACCACACAGUGCAGAGCCCCCAUGUACACCAGACCCCUUCCCCAAGCUUCUUUUUACAAGAUGCCAGCAAGCCAAUCCCUAUGGAGCAAAAUAACCACAACAACCUAAACGACUCAAACAACACAUACGUAAACACCUUGGGUUUGACCAACGUCAAGACUGAAGUGUCUAGUCAAGCGCCCGCUAACUGCAAUGGCACCAUCGACCAAGCUAGAAUAGAGUCCACCUCUUCUCUCCAGCUCAUGCAAUUCCAGGCCAACUUCCAGUCGAUAAAUUCUGAAGAGGUUCAGAUGGAGACAUCGCAGCAGGCCGAAGGGAACGAGAACCUGCUCAAGCCUGGAGACCUUCAAGCCUGCAAUGCUGAACACUAUAUGCAGUCAGAAAACGCUGCCACAAUGAGAAAUGGCAACAACCUCCAAAUUCUGCAGGGAAACAUGGUGCAAGGACUCUAUCCAGUGGCCCACCAGGCAUUGAGCAACUCCUCCAACAUGGAGCUUAACUUAGAUCACUUUGAUAUCUCCUUCAGCAACCAAUUCUCUGACCUUAUCAAUGACUUUAUAUCUGUGGAAGGAGGGAGUAACACCAUUUACGGGCACCAGCUGGUAGCUGGGGACAGCAACGUGUUGCCGCAGGCCGAAGAUGGGACUCGACCCGCGUACUCUCAGGCUGAAAUGUGUAUACCUUGUUGUAGCCCUCAACAGGCCAAUAUGCAGCUGAGCAGUUCCGAGACAGGAGCCACCACUAUGGCGUACAUGCACGUUGCCGAGGUGGUUUCGGCAGCAGCACAAAGCACGCUGGGAAUGCUGCAGCAGAGCGGGCGGCUGUUCAUGGUAACGGAUUACUCCCCAGAGUGGUCGUAUCCUGAGGGCGGAGUGAAAGUCUUAAUUACGGGGCCGUGGCAAGAGGCCAGCAAUAACUACAGCUGCUUGUUUGAUCAGAUCUCAGUGCCUGCAUCUCUAAUACAGCCCGGUGUUCUGCGCUGCUACUGCCCAGCACAUGAUACCGGGCUGGUCACUCUUCAGGUUGCCUUCAACAACCAGAUCCUCUCCAAUUCUGUGGUGUUUGAGUAUAAGGCCAGAGCUCUUCCGACGCUGCCUUCCUCUCAGCAUGACUGGCUCUCAUUGGACGACAACCAGUUUAGAAUGUCGAUCCUGGAACGGUUGGAGCAGAUGGAGAGGAGAAUGGCGGAGAUGACCGGAUCCCAACAACACAAACAAAGCGUGGGGGGAGGCAAUGGAGGCGGAGCCAACAGUGGGGGCAGCCAAGCACAAUGUGCCACCGGUGCAGGAUCCAUGGGAAGCUGCUUUGAGAGUCGGGUAGUGGUGGUGUGUGAAAAGAUGAUGAGCAAAGCAUGCUGGGCAAAAUCCAAGCACCUGAUCCAUUCCAAGACCUUUCGAGGAAUGACGCUGCUCCACCUCGCUGCUGCACAAGGCUACGCCACCCUCAUCCAGACCCUUAUCAAAUGGAGGACAAAGCAUCUCGACAGCAUUGACCUGGAAUUAGAGGUGGAUCCUUUAAAUGUUGAUCAUUUUUCAUGUACUCCUCUGAUGUGGGCUUGCGCUUUGGGUCACACCGACGCUGCCGUAGUGCUGUAUAAAUGGGAUCGGCGAGCUAUCUCCAUUCCUGACUCUCUCGGUCGGCUCCCUCUAUCUAUCGCACGUUCCAGGGGACAUGUGAAGCUGGCGGAAUGUCUGGAACAACUUCAGAGGGAGGAGCAAUCCCAGAUGGGGCACAACCCCCGGGUUCAGUGCUCUCCGGGACCGGAUGCCAAUGCAGAUAGCUGGCUAAGCCAGUGGCAGAGCGAUGCAAUCAAUGCUCAAGAGGCUCAGAAGGGAGUCACAGUUAUAUCAAAUACCAACACAGAAUUAAGAAGACCAAGGUCCGAGCCUUCCAAUUACUACAGUAGUGAGAACCCAAAAGAUUACCCUGCUGCUAAAAAACACAAAUUAAACCCUGAGUAUUUUCAGGCCCGACAGGAGAAGGUGAUUGCGACAGCUCUGAGCCUGGAGCAGCCAACUUCCAGGAAGCAGAGCUCCGGAACCAAGCAGCCUCUGUCGGAAACCGUCCACAGCGAGGAAAUGCGCCACUUUGCCAGGGAACUGCCGCAGCGCACCACAGAUGCACCUGUCUACAGAGCUCCCAAGUGGAACCCCAAAGACCUGUACCUGGGGGUUUCCGCGGCGCAGGUAACGGGAAGUGCAAAGGUCGCAGGGCUUGGGAAGGACACUGUGGGCCAUAGGCUGCGUCGGAGCGAGCAGAUGAACGUUUUGAUGAUGUCAGAGCGAGAAAUGGUAGACCCUGAUCUCCUGGCCUACCGGGAGAACAUGGAGAAUGAAGAAUGCUUGCAACAUAUAGAUGACCUACAGGUCAACAUGAUGAAUUUGGCAGAACAGAUCAUCGAAGCGACUCCUGACCGCAUCAAACGGGAGAAUUUUGUACCUAUGGAGUCCCCGUUGGUGGAGAGGGCAGACACUGCUGCUUUUAGUACUACCAUGAGCUGGCUGGCCAGUUACCUCGCUGAUGUUGAUCACUUACCUAGUGCUGCACAGAUACGGUCGCUCUACAGCGAGCCGCUGACACCUUCUUCGAACACCAGCUUAAGCCCUGCCUGCUCCCCUGUGAGUGAAACCACUUUCGAGAAGCCCAGUCUGCCCACUGCUGCUGAUUGGUCGGAAUUCCUGAGCGCAUCCACCAAUGAGAAGGUUGAGAAUGAAUUUGCCCAGCUGACCCUCUCGGAUCACGAACAGAGAGAACUCUAUGAAGCUGCUAAACUUGUCCAGACCGUGUUCCGAAAGUACAAGGGUCGUCCACUUAGAGAACAACAGGAUGUGGCUGCCGCCGUCAUUCAACGCUGCUACAGAAAGUACAAACAGCUUACAUGGAUAGCCUUGAAGUAUGCACUUUAUAAAAAGAUGACACAAGCUGCAAUCCUCAUCCAGAGCAAGUUCAGAAGCUACUAUGAGCAGAAGAAAUUUCAGCAGAGCCGGCGUGCCGCGGUGCUUAUCCAGCAGUACUACCGAAGCUACAAAGAGUGCGGCCGGAUUCGGCAAAAGCGCCGGACAACUUCUCUCGUUCAACAGAAACUGAGAAGCAGUCUUCUGACGAAGAAACAGGAUCAAGCUGCUCGGAAGAUCAUGAGGUUUUUACGUCGCUGCCGUCACAGCCCUCUGGUGGACCAUAGACUGUUCAAAAGGGGUCUGAAUGUUUUUGGAGCAAACAUGUGUAUAUUAAAUUGCAGAAAGAAUUCUCAGAGGUGUCAGUCUUUUUGGGCCACUCUUUCUUUUUUACUUUCCAUUCCUAAUGAGAUUUCUGGAAAAUGGCAAGAUAUCACACACCCCAAUUACCCCACAUGCACUUUCAGCUCUAAGAGCAACAGAGUGAAAGAAUCGAAAAAGGCCAAGGAACUUGAAGAUAUAAAACAGCGCCCCUUAGCAAUGUGACAGUGCUUUUUUCGGACUGUUUCAUUUUCUGUUUUUAGCAGAGACAUGCAACAAAAAAACAAAAAAAUAAAUAAAAAAAAAAACACUGCGGUUUUCAAGAGAUCACCUGCAGGAUUUUAACAGUAAUCUUUUUUGGUCAUUGCAUUUGCACUUUCAUGGACAACUUUUUGCUUUGUUCAGCAAGACAUCUUGGAAUUUAAAUCUUCUGUUGAAUCAUGGGAAACAAAACAUAUAAAUGGCGCCAGGAGAUGAUUGACCGCCGUGGCUCCAGUGUCUCCGAGACCCGGGAGCCCUGAGAUUCAUAUAGGGCUGAAUUCAAACAACGUGUGGAACUGUUCAAAUGUUAUACCAAAAAUUCUUGAGCAAAGGUGGAAAUGCACAAGCAAAUUCUGAAUGCUAAACCCACAGCCAUCGAUCACUCACACAAAGGAGGCCAUGGACAUCCUUUUUCGAAAAACGAAUGGGAAAAAAAAAAGGUUUUUGGACCAUACUUUAUAGCUUGACUGUCUUACCUUGUCCGUACCUGAGCUGCAUCGUGGACAGCACCUCCAAAAUUCGACUACUCCCCAUUAAAUACGUCAUUUAAAAAAAAAAAAACAUGCAAUUUUAUAAGGCAUAGAACGUGCUUAGAAACGUAGUUGAAACACCAAUACGUCUUCAAGAGAUGCAAAACGCGUCAGUCAUUUAGUGUGGCGAAAAAGGAGUCAGCCUGACCACAUGGAAAGAGUGGUUUUUAUGCUUGACUUUCUUUCUUUUUUUUAUUAUUAUUAUUUUAUUCAAAAUUCUAUGUAUAUAAAACAUAUCUAUGCAUUGUGCACAUUACUCUUGAGUGAAGAGGAUCUAAAGUCAGCAUCUGCUAAAAAAAAAAACGCUGACUCAAGAACGGUUGGUUUUCCACAUUUCUUCACAAUGAAUUUGGAAAAAAAAAAUCUGUAUGAUAUAUCCAUCUCACAAAAAAACGAGUGUGCACGGUAUAAUUACUACUAACCCCCCCCCCCCCCACCCUCCUAUAUACGAUCAAUAUUCAAACACAUGCAGAUUCAGUAUAAUCCUGCCAACGACGCCAUUAAAGCUGUCCUGUAAUACUUGGUUACAGACCACUUUACAGUUGACCAUUGACACUUCUUGCCUCUACCAGUAUUUAGCAAAACUCCACUUUGAAAGCGGAGACCUCUAUGUUAUGCACAAAUAAUUAUAUAUAAAAAGAUAUAUGUAAGCAGAAUGAAGAUUAUAUCUUCUAAAAAAUAAAUAAAAAAUAAUAAUAAUAUAUAUAAAUAUUUUUUUCAUGAUGUUCAUUGAUGUUUAGGUAUUAGUUUGAGUCUAAUCUCAGAAGAUAGAAGCUAGAAAAAUUUAAAAAAUAAAGAAAAAAACACCUUGUGUGUAUCGAUUGCCUGCUUCCCAAGAAAGGGGGUUGCGUAUACUGCCCAUAGGGAUUACCCAUACUGCCCAUAGGGUUGCAUUUACAUUGCCUGAACAUUUUGCCACCUACGAAUCAAUUGGUGCUGCGUGCUGGCCAGUUAAUAGUAUAUUUGGACUUCUCAACAAAAGAAAAAAAGAACAAGAGAAAGAAUUGUAUACAGAAGGCGGGAAUGGAAAUGAGAAAUAUUAUUUAAAAAAAAAAAAAAAUUUGGAUGCAGGAUAAUACCAUGGCUGGAAUCCCUUAUAUGUGUAGAUUGCUGGACUGCAUUGGAAAAUGUGUGGAUGAGUUGUCUGUAUAUAUUGUAUAUAUUAAUCAAAAAUAAAAUUAAGAUAUGUGCAUGAAACCAAGAACACAAAAGAAGUGAAAAAAAAAAAAAAAAGCAAAGCAUUAGUGGCUAUGGUCUGUAAAAUGAAACAAAAAUUUUAUUUCACUAUAAGAGUAAUUUAUUUUAAAUGUUCUUUAGAAGAACAUUUUGCUAAGCAUGAUUAACUGCAAACAAAAAAAAAAGAGCUAUUGUAUUUAGACUUAGAAAACGAAAAAAGCUAAUUAAUAAACGGAUAUGUUUACAUUUCAUAUUUGGCUACCAAAACAUAACUUUAUCUUAUUUUUUAUGUUAAAUCUUAUUUAUCUAUUUUUUUUUUUAUUAUUUUUGCCAAUGGUGCCAAGUAACGUGAAUGCUAUAUCGCUUAAGAAAAUUUUAGUUUCGCAAAGCAAACGCUCAUUAAAAAAAAAAAAAACUGUAUAUGCUUAAAAAUCAUACACUCACGCCAAUAACAAAAAACAAAAAUGUAGACUCAAACUCAAUAAAAUGCUAAGAAAAAAAAAUAAAAUAACUCAAAUAGUAUGAAAGUAGAGAAUAUGUUUCACAUUUUCAUAUCUCUUUGCUGGAAGUCAGAAAAUGUUAACUAAUAAUUGCACACAAAUGAAAGUGUAAUACAAAAAGUGUAAGAAGUAUUAAAAAAAAAAGAAAAAAAAAGAGAAAAAAAAAAAGAUGCUAACUGGUCUUGUAGGGGACUCAUGGUAUAAGAUAUUUCCACACAGGAACAAGCCAAAGUGUUCAGACUAUAAAGUAUUUAAAAAGGAAAGAGAGUUACAAAAAAGUUAAGUGUGCUUCGGUAAUAAAACUUUUUGGCACUCAUUGCCGGCGUUUGUUUGAACUUUUAGACUUACAAUCUGCAACAUAUUUGAUUGUAUAGGGAGACAGUACUAUUCAGGUUGUACUAGCCUUUUUUCCCUACUUCAACAGUUUCUACUGUAUAUUUUUUUUAUACUGAGAAGUAAAAAAAUGUAAAGAUUACACAAUGUGCAUAUGUAAGAAACUUUUAUCCAGGACGUUUAAAGACAAAAAAAGGCUUGAAAAUGAAGCUCAAAAAAAUUGACGAGGUCAGUACUCUUGCUGCAUUUUUUUAACAAAUUAAUUUUCCUUUCAUGUGAGAUGUACAGAUAGGAACGAGCUGAAAAAAACAAAAAAACAAAACAAAAAAAAAAAAAUGAUGUAUAGGUUAUAUACUUGUCAUAAGAUCACGCACAAUCCACCAUUAUGAAUAGUCUGUACAUUAAAAAGAUAAAAAAAUAAUUAUAUAUACUGCUCUUUUUUGACGGGACAUUGAGUGUUCCAAGUAGAAUGUAUUUUAUUAUGUACUCACAAGGAACGGGAUGAAAAAAAAAUAAUUAAUACACAUAUCAAUAAUAAAUAAAUUAAUAAAAAAAAAAAAGCCUUUUUUGGAAUAACACUGCUGUUGUGUAUUAGUAUUAGCGUAACUUUUUGAAUUUUGUUAUCUGGAACUGUAUAUUAAUAUUUCCACUUUUCAUGAAGAAUGUAAUUUUUUCUCACCUUGGCAAGAGUACUGGUCUCCCUUGUAAUGCUGUAUUCUCUGUAUAUUUGUACUAAAAAAAAAAAAAAAUACACAUUGAGGUCGGUGUUGUGCAGUGUGUGUCGAAUAACGUUCUCCGAUUCAGUAACAUUGCAGGACCUUUCCAAGUUACUGUACCAUCAGAUAUUAAAAAAGCAGUCACAAGGGCCUGUUCUAGCACUUCAGAUGCAUUGAGCUGUUCAGAUGAAAAGAGAGUGUCUGUCAAAGCAACUUUUUGCAAUAAACCUUUUACUGGCAGUGUCAAAUCUUGGAUUUUGAAUGUAAAAAAAAUAAAUAAAAUAAAAAAAUUGCAUACAACAGCUAACUUGGAUGGAAUACAUAACAUUUCCCAAGUGCCAGGAGUCUGUCAUAAUAUGUAAUUGUUAAACGUAUUCUGUCUCUCAGCAUUUUAAUUUUCUAGAUUCUUAUUUCUUUUAUUUUAUUUUUUUUCUUUGAUUUUUUUAAUUUUUGUUCAGCUUCUGUGAACAUUUAAAAAAUAAAUAAAAAACAAUAACAUCUGUACUGUGUGCGAGAAAUAGAAUUUAUAACGUGAAAUCCCUACAUGGUUGCACGCUUACAGCAGUUCCACACAGUAGUUGGCGCCAAACGGGGGUCCCCAAAGGCUUGCAUGUAAAGCUAAAAUAUAGAUGUCUCCUUUUUUGUAAGUUUUAUUUUUGUAAUUGUGCAUGUAAAAAUAAAAAAAAAUAAAAAAAAACACUGAGAUCAAUGGAUCUGUUGAAGAAAUCAGCUGCUGGAACCAUGCAAAAUGUUUUGAAUUGCCCUUAAAACUAUGGAAAAUGUUUUCUGAAUGCUUUCUAUUCUUUCUGCUGUAAAUUACAAACAAUUAAAAUUCCCCAUAUUA